AUGUCGAGCUCAGAUCAUUUCUUGACCUUUGCAGCCAGUGCGCCCCUUUUCGCCGUCCUCCGGCCAAUCACAGCCGCCCCUGACCCUCAUUUCGAUCUCCUCGUCUUCUCUCCCAUCUGCCUCUGCAAAGUCUCUCCUUCACCACGGCUUCCCCUCCUCCCUCCUCUCCCCUCUCCUCCUUCGCCACUAGGUCUCGGUCUUCGCCAAAAACGGCGCACCAGACUGUAUCCCACGACCUCCCUCUCGUAUCACCGCCCACGAUUGAAGAGCCAGCUCCAGCGCAUCCGCCCCCGCGCGUCACCUUCGACUCCCCUCAGUCAACAUCCCUUCCGCCAUUCGAACAGUUGGAGAUUGAAACACCUCCUUCCUCGCGAGCCAGAUCCUCGCGCGUCCAGAGGCCUUCGUGGGUUUCUACCUCUAGGAUUUUACGGUCCCCUCCCGCCGUCCGACUCGCAAAUCCCGUCAACUACGUUCCACGAAUCACACCAGUAA